AUGGCAGCUGAAAAGAUUCUACUCACUGGCGGCUCCGGCUUCAUCGCCGCGCACAUUCUCGCCGACCUCCUCAAGGCCGGCCGCCAAGUCAUCACCACGGUGCGCACGCAAGCCAAGGCCGACGCCAUCCACAGCGCACACCCGGACCUCGUCGCCUCGGGGCAGCUCCUCGCCGUGCCCGUCGGGGACAUUGCCUCGCCGACGGCCUUUGACGACGUUCUCGCCGCGCACGGCAGCGAGCUGCGCGCCGUGCUGCACACGGCGUCGCCGUUCCACUACAACUUCACCGACGCGCAGGCCGAGGUGAUUGACCCGGCCGUCAACGGCACCACGGGGAUCCUGCGCGCCAUCCGCGCGCACGCGCCGCACGUCGCGCGCGUCGUCGUCACGUCGUCGUUUGCGGCCAUUCUCGACCCCGACAAGGCGUGGGACCACGGCACCGUGUACACGGAGGCGUCGUGGAACCCCAACACGGCCCGCGACGCCGCCGAGAACAAAAUGGCCGGCUACCGCGUGAGCAAGACGCUCGCUGAGCGCGCUGCCUGGGACUUUGUCCGCCGCGAGAAGCCCCCGUUUGACCUCGUCACCGUCAACCCCCCGCUCGUCUUCGGCCCCGUCGCCCACCACCUCGCCACCGCCGACGCCAUCAACACGUCCAACGAGCGCGUCGUCGCGCUGCUGCGCGGCGCGUGGCGCGACAGCGGCAUCCCCGAGACAGGCACCAUGGUGCUGUGGAUCGACGUUCGCGACGUUGCUGCGGCGCAUAUUCGCGCCCUGGAGACCCCCGCCGCCGCCGGCAAGCGCUUGUUUGUCGUCGGCGGCCGCUUUGACAACAAGCAGGUCGCCGACAUUGUGUACAAGAACUUCCCCGAUAGGCGGAGUGCGCUGCCCGGACCCGGCGCCAAGGGCGGCGAGGCGCCGCCGGCGGACAAGCUCUUUCAGAUUGACAAUUCGGCGACCAACAAACUGCUCGGUAUCCAGUGGAGGUCGCUGGAGAGCAGCAUCACGGACCUGGUGGGCUCGCUCAAGGGUUUGAGUGUCUAG